ACUGUAGAAGAGAUGGAGGGCUGUUUUGUCGACAGCUUGACAGUGCUACGCUCUUAUUGGUGCUUUUGACCAGUGAUGAUACUUGGGUCUUUAGAUUUUUUCCUUCCAUGAUGUCUUCUGGUCAGCCCUUUUCUACUCUUUCUGUGGAUUUUGUCAGAAUUCUCCAAGAAUAGGCCUUGGUAUUCUUUUCUUUGGGAAUGAACCCUACAAAAUUCAAGCUGUUCAGGCCACUGUGGUGACUGGCACUGAUCUCUUCAGCUGAGCAUUUGGCAUUUUUCAUUCUAAUCUCUUUCCUUCCCAGAAACUCUUGCAGAGAAGUCAGAUUUCAGGCUGUGGCUCAUGGAACUUAAUUCAAUGCUUCCUCUCUUGACUUAGAUUGCAGUUGGGAUCCAUAGUCUAUAGGUUGUGAGGUAAGUCAGCAAGGAUCUCAGGCACUCUUUUCCUGACUAUACCAUGAACUAACUUGACCGUAGGGAAGUCACUGACCUUCUCCAAGUCUCAGUUUACCCAUUUGCACAAUGAGGAACUUGGACUAGAGGAUGUCUUAGGAGUUCUUUAUGCUCUAACAUUCAAAGAUUCCACAUGAUGUAAGUUACUUUCCCUUCUGACAGUGGCAAUUGUAUUAUUAAAAGAGAAAGAGGAAGAGUCCUGGCCCAUCCAUGGAUGUCCAUUGUUCCAUGAUUCACAUGGGGAGGGCGUGAGACCCCCAUCCUAUUUUACCAACUUGGGGUAGUGGUUGAGGGGAGUCGGUAAAUAAUUUGUUGGGUGCCUUGAUGGGAAGGGGAGCCUUGAUGAGGCUGACUGGCAUUGUCAUGCCUUCUCUCCCCCAGCCAGUUCUGGGGGACAUGCUGACCUUUUGGUGGUAGAUUGGUCCCUUCUUGCAGAGGAAAAAAAGUGACCCGUUCUUCAGGUGCGUGAUAUUUCAUGUUAACUCUUCUUGCUCCAAUUGAAACACAGGGUUCAGAGCAUUGGGUAUUUAUAGAAAGAGAGUACACUAGGCCAGAAGAACUCAGCCUCCUAAAAGUGACCACCACUCAGCAGGAAGAAAGUAAGGCAGGCCUCGCAGAUAUCCUUGCUGAUGGCAGACUCUCCAAGGUAGACGUCCUGGUGGACAAGUUCAAAGUCGAAGUGGCCACAGAAGAAAUAGUGGGAGUUAGAAGAGCAAAGACCCAGCACCAAGGAAGAAUGAUUGCAAGCCCUGAAGACUUUGAGUCAAUGUGGGAGGAGGGCUCCUGGGUCAGGAAAGGCCCAGAAGGGGCUUCUCUUGCUGCAGGCUGCACACUGGCAGGAAACCUUGAGGGCUCCCAGUUGAGGGUGGGCACUGGGGAGGCCACCAUCAAGAAGCGCUGGAUCUCAGGUGGUCAGCUGGAGGGCCAGAUGGAGCUGAGGAGGGAGCUGGAGGAGUGCCAGACUUGGGGAAGACCUGCUGCCUCGGGGACCAGGCUAGCAGAGGCCGAUGUCCCUUCUCCAGCCUCCGACAAGGGAGGACUCCAGUCAUUUCUGCUGGACCCAGCCCAGUCGGAAGCCAGAGCUGACUCGAGUGAUGAAACCAAACCUUCCUUUGCAGAGAGGAGCUUCUAUUUGAACUAUGGAGAGAAAGAUUCUGAAGACCCCUUCCUCCCUCCACCUCUGGAGGAGAGGGAAGAGCAUGUGGAUGCCCUUCCUGUUGACGAGACCAGGCUGGAGCACUCAGAGAGGCUCUCCGAGAGCUCUGUGCUCACUUCCUCAGACCUACAGGGCCCUGCUGCAGCUUCCAGCAGGAGCGAGAACAAAGAGGGUGAUGGCCACACGGCCUCCUUAGAGGAAGGGGCACGGUCCCUCAAGGACCACGGAAGACCAGAUGGCCCAGAGGCCUUUGUUGAGCAGCUUCGUAAGGGACCUUCUCCAGGGCAGACAUUUGCUGAGGACUGGGAAGAAGCUGGGCGGGGGGUGGAAGGAGAAUUUAGCCACCCAGCAUGCAACCUAGGCACAGAGGAAGAGGCCCCCAAGGGUGGAGAUUUGAUGGAAAAGGCUGAGAAAAGUCCCCCAGCAGGAUGGCAGAACCACUCACCUCACAGAGGAGGGGGCAUGCGCCCAGACCUCCCAGCCUGCGCCCUUCCAUGGACCACCCCUCCUAAUGAUGUCAGGAAGCCAACCAAGCCAGACAGAGGCAACUUCCUGCACCAAGACGGGAGACUGGUGCACAUCCAAACAGGAGAACCUGCGAGGGAGGACAGAAAGGCCUCAGUGUUUCUUCAGAUGGACAUGAUCGCCCCCCUCCCAGCUUCCCCUGGUCCCUUUCAAGCUCAGGCAGCUCCAGAGGAAACUUCUCCAAGCCCAGCCCCUCAUGGGUCAGGGGAGCCUCCACAGCUUGGGGAUCCUUUUGGAGAACAGUCCCCUGUGUUUCUCAAACAUGCCCAUCCUUUUAAAGGGAGGCCAGAGCCCAAGGACCGAGUAGGACCGUCUGUGACCCCAGACGGAGGUGAGCGCCGGGCACCUCCCGUUGCCAGCAGAAAGCCCAGAAUUGUCUCUGAAGGAGCCGAGGGGGCUGUACCCCUGGGGUUGGUGUUCCCUUCAGGGAAGCAAAAGGAGAUGACCUCUUUCCAGGCUGGGGGCCAAGAGGGCUCCCUGGAAGAUAUUAGCAAGACCUCAGUGGCCAACAAAAUUCGGAUCUUUGAGACCCAUGGAGCUGAAACUCGCCGAGCAAGUCAAGGUGAAACAAGGGCCCUCAUGAGCGAGUUGUCUUCAGAGGCCUCCGUGGGUCAGGUAGAGCAACAGCGGAAUAAGCUUCUGGACCUGGGCUUCGUCCAACUCCAGCCCCCGGGGGACUUUGCUGGCCCCAAAGCCACCCAUUCCUCAGUGACGUCACCAGCGCCCAGAUACUUCAGGGAGGGCAUUGCUACCACAUCCCCCCGGGAAGAAUGCACGGACCUCGAGCUCAUGUCCCCUGAUUCGGGCUGCGAAACUGCGCUGGAGGAAACCACCGGGGGCACUGGCCACAACAAAUCCGGAGAUGCGGUCAGGGAAGACAAGCCCACCACCAGCUUAGCAGCAAACCCCCCUGCAAAAGGGGGGCGCCUGAGAUCUGCCAGCCCCUCGGGCCCUCAGAGAGCAGGGCUAAGGGAGGGCUCAGAGGAGAAGGUCAAACCGCCUCGUCCCAGGGCCCCAGAGAGUGACACGGGAGACGAGGACCAGGACCAGGAGAGGGAUGCGGUGUUCCUGAAGGACAACCACCUGGCCAUUGAGCGCAAGUGCUCCAGCAUCACGGUCAGCUCCACGUCCAGCCUGGAGGCUGAGGUUGACUUCACGGUCAUUGGUGACUACCAUGGCGGCGCCUUCGAAGACUUCUCCCGCAGCCUGCCUGAGCUCGACCGAGACAAAAGCGACUCAGAGACCGAGGGCCUGGUGUUCUCCCGGGAUCUCAACAAGGGGGGCCUCAGCCAGGAAGACGAGCCUGGGGGCAUCGAGGAUAGCCCGGAUCGAGGGGCCUGCGCCACCCCAGAUAUGCCCCAGUUUGAGCCCGUGAAAACGGAAACCAUGACGGUCAGCAGCCUGGCCAUUAGAAAGAAGAUUGAGCCCGAGGCUGUCCUGCAGACCAGAGUCAGCACUAUGGACACCAGCCAGCAGGUUGAUGGGACUGCCCCAGGGGGAAAGGAGUCCGUAACAACUGCUCCCUCCAUCACCACGGAGACCAUAUCGACUACCAUGGUAAGUAGGACCCAAGAGACUUCCCUCUCUGACCAGCCCUCUUGCCCUCAAACAGCCAGAUAACAGUGUCACAUCACCGGCUGUCUGGGGUGGUCAUCCUCCGCCCUCCCUGCAUCAGGCACAGGACAUAGAGUCGAUCUCUUCUUGUCCGGCAUCAUCCAGUCAGACCUCAGUUUUCCAAAUUGAAUAAUGUGGAAUGUGGAAUCCCUGCGUCUCAGUUAUCCGGACCAUCUCAGCCACAUUAAGGGUAAGGGCAGGAUGGUACCAUUCGAUUAUUUGAUUAUUGGCAAGGCGUGAGGAUUGAGCUUGAAAGUCCCUGACAGACCCUGGCCGCUGUGCGGUUUCUCAUGUCUCGGGCCACUUCCUUCCUUGGUCAGUAGAUGGCGUACUGUGAACCUAAAUUGGAAGGUCAGGAUUUUGGACCAUCUCCCUAGACUCUGGUUCUGCUACCUAGGUGUUGUCUGACCUGUGAAGA